AAGGUGAAAGCAACAGAGGAAGAUUAAUUCACUUCGUAGUUUCCAGGCACUUAAAUCACACAAACAACUCAGCCGCUGCAGCAGCAGGAGCGUUUGUCCACUGUGUUCCAGACUGGUCCGUCUCUCCAGGAUUGGUGGGGGCUGCUUGUUUAAGCCAAUAGGCUGGGAGCAGUGCUAAUGUCAUCUCACCGUGGCCGCCGAGAGGAGCACCACAGCGCACCGUGCGCCGCUGAGAGAUGUGGUGACAGAGGGUGAAGUCAGAUCAGACCAAUGCAGCCAGUAUCUGGAGUUUAAGCUUCUCGUUUGGCACACCUCUGGGUUCAGCUUUGCAGCACAGAGGUGCACCCUCUCUGGACUUUUCUUCUUAUGCCAAUGAGACGCAGCGUGAAUCGCUUUUCUCACUUCAGGAAUAUUGGUUCUGGAUACUCGAUUUACUGCGACUGAACGCCUUGAGGUAAAAAAUCAUCUAAUGAGCCUGGCGAGUGCAGCAGUGUCAGCAGCUGGCUUCAAGGGUGGGGCACGCCAGCGAGACUUGAUGAUGGAGCAGAAGGUCAGUAAGCUGACGUCUGGCUUCCAGCGCAGCUCCACCUCUGAUGAUGACUCAGGCUGUGCACUGGAGGAAUAUGCCUGGGUACCACCUGGCCUUAGGCCUGAGCAGGUCCAGCUGUAUUUCUCCUGUCUGCCUGAGGAUAAGGUCCCCUAUGUGAACAGUCCAGGAGAGAAAUUUAGAAUUAAGCAGCUCCUGUACCAACUUCCGCCGCAUGAUAAUGAGGUACGUUACUGCCAGUCCCUCAGUGAGGAGGAGAAGAAAGAGCUGCUUAUGUUCAGUGUCCAGAGGAAGAAGGAAGCGCUGGGGAGAGGCACAGUGAAGCUCCUGCCCCGCAAUCUUCUAAACAGUAUUUGUGAGCAUUGUGGUGAAAACAUCAACGGUGGAGAAAUGGCAGUGUUUGCCUCGAGGACAGGCCCUGGGCUGUGCUGGCACCCUGCAUGCUUUGCCUGUUCCACGUGUAGUGAACUUCUGGUGGAUUUGAUCUACUUCUACCAUGAUGGAAAGAUCCACUGUGGAAGGCACCACGCUGAGCUACUGAAGCCACGCUGCUCAGCCUGUGAUGAGAUCAUCUUUGCUGAUGAGUGCACAGAGGCAGAGGGGCGCCAUUGGCACAUGAAGCACUUCUCCUGUUUCGAAUGCGAGACAAUUCUCGGUGGCCAGCGCUAUAUCAUGAAGGAUGGCAGACCAUACUGCUGCGGCUGCUUUGAGUCUCUCUAUGCUGAGUACUGUGAGGCCUGUGGAGAACAUAUUGGUGUUGAUCAUGCUCAGAUGACCUAUGAUGGGCUCCACUGGCAUGCAACUGAGAGCUGCUUCAGCUGUGCCCAGUGUAAGAGCUCUCUACUGGGCUGCCCCUUCCUGCCAUACCAAGGCCGUAUUUACUGCUCCAAGGCCUGCAGUCUUGGGGAAGAUGUACAUGCCUCUGACUCAUCCGACUCUGCUUUUCAGUCAGCACGCUCACGCGAAUCCCGCCGCAGUGUGCGCAUGGGCAAGAGCAGUCGCUCGGCUGACCAGUGCCGACAGUCGCUUCUUUUCUCACCCUCUGUUAACUAUAAGUUCCCUGGAUUCAGUGGAAAUGCUGAUGACACCUUGACCAACAAGCUUACCCACAUGAACUUAUCUGAUGAGCAUUUCUGGAGAGGGCGUGGUGAGGAGGCAGAGGCACCCGAGAACCAGGAGGAGGAGGAGUGGGCUGAGCAUGAGGACUACAUGACUCAGCUGCUAUUAAAGUUUGGGGAACACGGAGUCUUCCAGCAAGCCAGUGACUCCAGACCCACAGAUUUUUGGAUUUCUGAAAAAGAUGUUAAGUCGAAGCAGGAGUCCUCAAAAGCUGGCAGUGGGGGUGGAGGAGGAAGGGGGAGCUUGGCUAGUAAGAAGUACCAGGCUGACAUGUACUGGGCCCAGUCACAGGACGGACUAGGAGACUCAGCUUACGGCAGCCACCCAGGUCCAGCAAGCAGCAGAAAGAUCCAGGAGUUAGAGCUGGAUCAUGGAGCUGGUGGAGGCUUCCAGGGAGAAGAGCCACAGUGGUAUAAUGACUCUUUGGAGUGUAUCACAGAUGAGCUCAAGAAGACCGAUCAGAGUGUCCGAGACUCCAUGGACUCACUGGCACUCUCCAAUAUUACUGGGGCCUCAGUAGAUGGUGACGGUAAAGAUAGACCUUUGGUGUAUUCCCUGCAAGGCUUCCAUGAACUGGAAGGAGAAGACUGUGAGAAAACCAGUAAUAUGGGAACCCUCAACUCCUCUAUGUUACACCGAAGUGCAAACUCCCUGAAGAGCUUGGUAUCUGAGCAGGAAGAGGAGGUGGAGGAAAAUGUUCCGAAGGAAGGGGAGGUGCCUCUGCCAGAGGACAGCAGACCUAAGCCUAAUAUCCCUGCACUCAGGAGGACACGCUCACAAUCUCGGCCGCAACAAGUCAAAUUUUCUGAUGACGUGGUGGACAAUGGUCAUUACUGUGAUAUCCCCGUGCGCCAGCCACCUAUGAGUGAACGGACGCGUAGAAGAGUGUACCACUUUGAGGAACAGGGCCAGGAACUUCACUCUAGCCGCCACCAUCACCACCACAGGAGGCAUCGCAGUCGCAAGUCUCGCUCUGAUAAUGCUCUUAACCUUCUGCCCAAGGAAAGGGCCCAAAUGUGCUACAAAGUGGACCAUACAGGCAACCCCCACAGCCCCAAGGGACAUCAAGCCCAUCUUGGCCACCCCAAUCCUGCUGUCAUGUCAGACUACAAGCUACAGGGCCCAGCCAUGGGGAGAUUCUUGGGGCUGUAUGGGGAUGAUGAUGACUGGUGCUCCACAUGCUCCUCUUCCUCCUCUGAUUCUGAGGAGGAAGGGUUUUUCUUGGGUCAGCCCAUCCCUCAGCCCAGGCCCCAAAGAUACUACUACACCGAUGACUUGCCCAGCCCUGUGGCAGGCAUGUCCUCUCCUUCUUAUGGCCAAAGGACUAAGUCCAAAAAGAAGAAAGGGCACAAGGGGAAAAACUGUAUAAUUUCAUAGACUUCAAUACUCUCCUAACCUCAACGUUGGGUAAUGCUCUGCCACUCACCUCUGCCUUUCGUGUCCACUGUUUAAAAUGCAAUUUAAACACUUGCUUGCUAUUACUUCAUUACAACACUCACUUUACAAAGGUGUUUGUGUGAGACACAAGUCCUUAUUUUGAGUCUUCAUUGGUGUACGCGUGGCAUUACAAGCUUGCCAGUAGAUUAACAAAGUAUUUUAGAGUAAUACAUAUUUAUAAACCACCAUCUUUAACUGUGUUUUUAUAACAGUAAAUAUAUUAAUGUAUAUAUUGUAGAAUUAAAAAAAAAACCCAAAAUGGCUAUUUUUUAUACCCUCAUGACAUGCUUUGGACCUAAAUGGCACUAACAGUUAAUUAUUGGCAGUUGGUACAAAGCUAUUUUUCAAUAAGGGUGUCAGAAAUUCAAAGGCAAAUUGACUCUGACCCAAGCUCUUCAAAUGUAUUUUCUUCUGUGCUUGUGUUAGCGCUAACAUAAAAACAAAACAAAACAAAAAAAAAAAACACUGCGUGUAUUAAAAGGCCUGGUUGGGUGGUGUAUUUAUGUGUCACUGUAUUGUAAGCAAAUCAUUCUAAUCUGUAUAAAUGUACAAACUGGAAAAUAAGGAUAAGAUAGAUGAUAAUUGUAAUAAAAUUAUCUAUAUAUCGUGA